GUGGCCAACAUCACCCGCGUUGCUAUGGAAACUAUUUACCCACCAGACAUCCAGACAGAGAAAGAUAAGAAACGUUUCAAAGGCUUGAUGAUGGGACAGAACCAUGAAUGUCUGUUUGCAGAGCUUACCAGUUACAAAACAAGAACCAAUGUAAUAUUUAAUAACAAACGAGGGCACGUAUGAAGAAGGGUCAUUUGCAUCAGCCAAUCAGAUCAGCCAAGGCUGUCAGAUCAGCAUUUUUGAAGAAGCUGACCAGAGCAACAGGUGUCAAGCUGUCAACUUCUACAAUAAAGGAAUUGUUUUGAUACAAGGCAAUGAUUCAAGCCUCAUGGCUUUUGAGAAUAUGUUUGCUACCCUAAAAGUAGAAGCUGAACUCAUCUCAGAAGCUGAGGAAAAGGUAGAGGGAGAUGACGGAGAAAAGCAGGCCCCAACAGCCUCUGUGACCCAGCAAGAAGCCCUCUACCUACCUCACCUGUAGCAGACAGAGCCAAGAACAUGCCUAAAACACCAAGAACACCAGCUAUGCAAUGUUUCCACAACACCUUCUCUCUAGUCGAAGCAGAGGUCAUAGAACUCAGAGAGAACAAGCUUCAAGAGGACACUGUCCAGAAACUAAAAGAAGAGAUGAAACCGUUCAGGGAGGAGAGCAGAGCAUCUAUUGCUAAAUUAGAAGGCAGAAUGGACAAACUGAGUCAGACAACUGAUGACCUCAGACACCAUCUGAGCACAACGAGAGAGGAGCUAGAGCAGAGAGAGAGGUACAUUGACACCUUCAACCAGCAGCUAGUCAUUAUGUCCUCUGCAUCUAGAGAACAUGUCCACAAGCUUGGUACAACACAGGUAGAACCUGAGACCAGCACAACCAGUAUAGCCACCACACAGCCUGAUGACACUGCACCAGCCUCCCAGUCUGCCACAGCCCAGGUCGACCAACCAGCCUCCCAGUCUGCCACAGCCCAGGUCAACCAACCAGCCUCCCAGUCUGCCACAGCCCAGGUCAACCAACCAGCCUCCCAGUCUGCCACAGCCCAGGUCAACCUACCAGCCUCCCAGUCUGCCACAGCCCAGGUCAACCAACCAGCCUCCCAGUCUGCCACAGCCCAGGUCAACCAACCAGCCUCCCAGUCUGCCACAGCCCAGGUCAACCAACCAGCCUCCCAGUCUGCUCCAGCCCAGGUCAACCUACCAGCCUCCCAGUCUGCUCCAGCCCAGGUCAACCAACCAGCCUCCCAGUCUGCUCCAGCCCAGGUCAACCUACCAGCCUCCCAGUCUGCUCCAGCCCAGGUCAACCUACCAGCCUCCCAGUCUGCUCCAGCCCAGGUCAACCUACCAGCCUCCCAGUCUGCUCCAGCCCAGGUCAAUCUACCAGCCUCCCAGUCUACCACAGCCCAGGUCAACCAACCAGCCUCCCAGUCUGCCACAGCCCAGGUCAACCAACCAGCCUCCCAGUCUGCUCCAGCCCAGGUCAACCAACCAGCCUCCCAGUCUGCUCCAGCCCAGGUCAACCAACCAGCCUCCCAGUCUGCUCCAGCCCAGGUCAACCUACCAGCCUCCCAGUCUGCUCCAGCCCAGGUCAACCUACCAGCCUCCCAGUCUGCUCCAGCCCAGGUCAACCUACCAGCCUCCCAGUCUGUCACAGCCCAGGUCAACCAACCAGCCUCCCAGUCUGCCACAGCCCAGGUCAACCAACCAGCCUCCCAGUCUGCUCCAGCCCAGGUCAACCAACCAGCCUCCCAGUCUGCUCCAGCCCAGGUCAACCAACCAGCCUCCCAGUCUGCUCCAGCCCAGGUCAACCUACCAGCCUCCCAGUCUGCUCCAGCCCAGGUCAACCUACCAGCCUCCCAGUCUGCUCCAGCCCAGGUCAACCUACCAGCCUCCCAGUCUGUCACAGCCCAGGUCAACCAACCAGCCUCCCAGUCUCUACCGAUCCUCGACUUCGGUAAUGUCAUUUACAAAAUAGCCUCCAAUACCCUACUCAACAAAUUGGAUGCAGUCUAUCACAGUGCAAUCCGUUUUGUCACCAAAGCCACAUAUACUACCCACCAUUGCGACCUGUACGCGCUCGUUGGCUGGCCCUCGCUUCAUACUCGUCGCCAAACCCACUGGCUCCAGGUCAUCUACAAGACCCUGCUAGGUAAAGUCCCCCCUUAUCUCAGCUCGCUGGUCACCAUAGCAUCACCCACCUGUAGCACGUGCUCCAGCAGGUAUAUCUCUCUGGUCACCCCCAAAACCAAUUCUUUCUUUGGCCGCCUCUCCAUCCAGUUCUCUGCUGCCAAUGACUGGAACGAACUAGAAAAAUCUCUGAAACUGGAAACACUUAUCUCCCUCACUAGCUUUAAGCACCAACUGUCAGAGCAUCUUACAGAUUACUGCACCUGUACAUAGCCCACCUAUAAUUUAGCCCAAACAACUACCUCUUUCCCAACUGUAUUAAAUUUAUUUAUUUAUUUUGCUCCUUUGCACCCCAUUAUUUUUAUUUCUACUUGGCACAUUCUUCCACUGCAAAUCUACCAUUCCAGUGUUUUACUUGCUAUAUUGUAUUUACUUUGCCACCAUGGCCUUUUUUGCCUUUACCUCCCUUCUCACCUCAUUUGCUCACAUCGUAUAUAGACUUGUUUAUACUGUAUUAUUGACUGUACGUUUGUUUUACUCCAUGUGUAACUCUGUGUCGUUGUAUGUGUCUAACUGCUUUGCUUUAUCUUGGCCGGGUCGCAGUUGUAAAUGAGAACUUGUUCUCAACUGGCCUACCUGGUUAAAUAAAGGUGUUCUCAACUGGCCUACCUGGUUAAAUAAAGGUGUUCUCAACUGGCCUACCUGGUUAAAUAAAGGUGUUCUCAACUGGCCUACCUGGUUAAAUAAAGGUGUUCUCAACUGGCCUACCUGGUUAAAUAAAGGUGUUCUCAACUAGCCUACCUGGUUAAAUAAAGGUGUUCUCAACUGGCCUACCUGGUUAAAUAAAGGUGUUCUCAACUGGCCUACCUGGUUAAAUAAAGGUGUUCUCAACUGGCCACCUGGUUAAAUAAAGGUGUUCUCAACUGGCCUACCUGGUUAAAUAAAGGUGUUCUCAACUGGCCUACCUGGUUAAAUAAAGGUGUUCUCAACUGGCCUACCUGGUUAAAUAAAGGUGUUCUCAACUAGCCUACCUGGUUAAAUAAAGGUGUUCUCAACUGGCCUACCUGGUUAAAUAAAGGUGUUCUCAACUAGCCAACCUGGUUAAAUAAAGGUGUUCUCAACUGGCCUACCUGGUUAAAUAAAGGUGUUCUCAACUGGCCUACCUGGUUAAAUAAAGGUGUUUUCAACUGGCCUACCUGGUUAAAUAAAGGUGUUCUCAACUGGCCUACCUGGUUAAAUAAAGGUGUUCUCAACUGGCCACCUGGUUAAAUAAAGGUGUUCUCAACUGGCCACCUGGUUAAAUAAAGGUGUUCUCAACUGGCCUACCUGGUUAAAUAAAGGUGUUCUCAACUGGCCACCUGGUUAAAUAAAGGUGUUCUCAACUGGCCUACCUGGUUAAAUAAAGGUGUUCUCAACUGGCCUACCUGGUUAAAUAAAGGUGUUCUCAACUGGCCUACCUGGUUAAAUAAAGGUGUUCUCAACUGGCCUACCUGGUUAAAUAAAGGUGUUCUCAACUGGCCACCUGGUUAAAUAAAGGUGUUCUCAACUAGCCUACCUGGUUAAAUAAAGGUGUUCUCAACUGGCCUACCUGGUUAAAUAAAGGUGUUCUCAACUGGCCUACCUGGUUAAAUAAAGGUGUUCUCAACUGGCCACCUGGUUAAAUAAAGGUGUUCUCAACUAGCCUACCUGGUUAAAUAAAGGUGUUCUCAACUGGCCUACCUGGUUAAAUAAAGGUGUUCUCAACUGGCCUACCUGGUUAAAUAAAGGUGUUCUCAACUGGCCUACCUGGUUAAAUAAAGGUGUUCUCAACUGGCCUACCUGGUUAAAUAAAGGUGUUCUCAACUGGCCACCUGGUUAAAUAAAGGUGUUCUCAACUAGCCUACCUGGUUAAAUAAAGGUGUUCUCAACUGGCCUACCUGGUUAAAUAAAGGUGUUCUCAACUGGCCUACCUGGUUAAAUAAAGGUGUUCUCAACUGGCCUACCUGGUUAAAUAAAGGUGUUCUCAACUGACCUACCUGGUUAAAUAAAGGUGUUCUCAACUAGCCUACCUGGUUAAAUAAAGGUGUUCUCAACUGGCCUACCUGGUUAAAUAAAGGUGUUCUCAACUAGCCUACCUGGUUAAAUAAAGGUGUUCUCAACUGGCCUACCUGGUUAAAUAAAGGUGUUCUCAACUAGCCUACCUGGUUAAAUAAAGGUGUUCUCAACUGGCCUACCUGGUUAAAUAAAGGUGUUCUCAACUGGCCUACCUGGUUAAAUAAAGGUGUUCUCAACUGGCCUACCUGGUUAAAUAAAGGUGUUCUCAACUGGCCUACCUGGUUAAAUAAAGGUGUUCUCAACUGACCUACCUGGUUAAAUAAAGGUGUUCUCAACUAGCCUACCUGGUUAAAUAAAGGUGUUCUCAACUAGCCUACCUGGUUAAAUAAAGGUGUUCUCAACUGGCCUACCUGGUUAAAUAAAGGUGUUCUCAACUAGCCUACCUGGUUAAAUAAAGGUGUUCUCAACUAGCCUACCUGGUUAAAUAAAGGUGUUCUCAACUGACCUACCUGGUUAAAUAAAGGUGUUCUCAACUAGCCUACCUGGUUAAAUAAAGGUGUUCUCAACUGGCCUACCUGGUUAAAUAAAGGUGUUCUCAACUGGCCUACCUGGUUAAAUAAAGGUGUUCUCAACUGGCCCACCUGGUUAAAUAAAGGUGUUCUCAACUGGCCCACCUGGUUAAAUAAAGGUGUUCUCAACUAGCCUACCUGGUUAAAUAAAGGUGUUCUCAACUGGCCCACCUGGUUAAAUAAAGGUGUUCUCAACUGGCCCACCUGGUUAAAUAAAGGUGUUCUCAACUGGCCCACCUGGUUAAAUAAAGGUGUUCUCAACUAGCCUACCUGGUUAAAUAAAGGUGUUCUCAACUGGCCUACCUGGUUAAAUAAAGGUGUUCUCAACUAGCCUACCUGGUUAAAUAAAGGUGUUCUCAACUGACCUACCUGGUUAAAUAAAGGUGUUCUCAACUAGCCUACCUGGUUAAAUAAAGGUGUUCUCAACUGGCCUACCUGGUUAAAUAAAGGUGUUCUCAACUGGCCUACCUGGUUAAAUAAAGGUGUUCUCAACUGACCUACCUGGUUAAAUAAAGGUGUUCUCAACUAGCCUACCUGGUUAAAUAAAGGUGUUCUCAACUGGCCUACCUGGUUAAAUAAAGGUGUUCUCAACUGGCCUACCUGGUUAAAUAAAGGUGUUCUCAACUAGCCUACCUGGUUAAAUAAAGGUGUUCUCAACUGACCUACCUGGUUAAAUAAAGGUGUUCUCAACUGGCCCACCUGGUUAAAUAAAGGUGUUCUCAACUGGCCCACCUGGUUAAAUAAAGGUGUUCUCAACUGGCCCACCUGGUUAAAUAAAGGUGUUCUCAACUAGCCUACCUGGUUAAAUAAAGGUGUUCUCAACUAGCCUACCUGGUUAAAUAAAGGUGUUCUCAACUAGCCUACCUGGUUAAAUAAAGGUGUUCUCAACUAGCCUACCUGGUUAAAUAAAGGUGUUCUCAACUGGCCUACCUGGUUAAAUAAAGGUGUUCUCAACUGGCCCACCUGGUUAAAUAAAGGUGUUCUCAACUGGCCCACCUGGUUAAAUAAAGGUGUUCUCAACUGGCCCACCUGGUUAAAUAAAGGUGUUCUCAACUGGCCCACCUGGUUAAAUAAAGGUGUUCUCAACUGGCCUACCUGGUUAAAUAAAGGUGUUCUCAACUAGCCUACCUGGUUAAAUAAAGGUGUUCUCAACUGGCCUACCUGGUUAAAUAAAGGUGUUCUCAACUGGCCUACCUGGUUAAAUAAAGGUGUUCUCAACUGGCCACCUGGUUAAAUAAAGGUGUUCUCAACUGGCCUACCUGGUUAAAUAAAGGUGUUCUCAACUGGCCUACCUGGUUAAAUAAAGGUGUUCUCAACUAGCCUACCUGGUUAAAUAAAGGUGUUCUCAACUAGCCUACCUGGUUAAAUAAAGGUGUUCUCAACUAGCCUACCUGGUUAAAUAAAGGUGUUCUCAACUAGCCUACCUGGUUAAAUAAAGGUGUUCUCAACUAGCCUACCUGGUUAAAUAAAGGUGUUCUCAACUGGCCACCUGGUUAAAUAAAGGUGUUCUCAACUAGCCUACCUGGUUAAAUAAAGGUGUUCUCAACUAGCCUACCUGGUUAAAUAAAGGUGUUCUCAACUAGCCUACCUGGUUAAAUAAAGGUGUUCUCAACUAGCCUACCUGGUUAAAUAAAGGUGUUCUCAACUGGCCUACCUGGUUAAAUAAAGGUGUUCUCAACUAGCCUACCUGGUUAAAUAAAGGUGUUCUCAACUGGCCUACCUGGUUAAAUAAAGGUGUUCUCAACUAGCCUACCUGGUUAAAUAAAGGUGUUCUCAACUGGCCUACCUGGUUAAAUAAAGGUGUUCUCAACUAGCCUACCUGGUUAAAUAAAGGUGUUCUCAACUGGCCUACCUGGUUAAAUAAAGGUGUUCUCAACUAGCCUACCUGGUUAAAUA